AUGGCGAGCGGUGCAGAAAGAGUAAAAGCUCGAAUUGUGAGACGAAUCAUAGCGAAAAGAGGCCGAGAGGCAGCUGAUGGUGACGAAGAUGAGAGCGAAGGCGCAUGCAGCAAACGCGACGAAGCGACCACGACCAAAGUUCAUUAUGCGUUUGGUCAGUACGCUGCGAAACAGAUGGCACCCAAGCAAUCGAUGCUACUUGUAAACUCGGUUGUGUGUGUGGAUCGGAUCGGCGAGGAAGAGUGUUCGCUAUGCCGUUACUUCGCAAAAUUUGUUCAAAAUGGACAGUGCGGCUCCACAUUUGGAGCACUAGCAUUCCGGUUCGAGUAUGACCACCAAAGAGGGGAGUUGGCGGAAGAUGAUCAGAGAGGGAAAGUGAAAAUCGCUGGGUCCACUCUCCCUGUAUCGAAAGCGAAACUGGUCCCCGGACUGGGCACGGUUACGCCAUCACAGCGAAAUCGCCGAGUGAAAGUCGACGCGGACUUGUUGCGCCAUACCCGUUUCGGCGAAAGGGAAACGACCGGUCGGUCGACUUACAACCGUGGCCUCUUGGAUUCCGCUCCCGUACCGAACGACGUCGUCGUCGACGACUAUGCUGAUGGAGCCGACGAUGCAGAUGAACUUCGUUAG